AUGGACUCUAAAGUACCCAUCCUUCAUAAUAUAGGUUUCAAAUCCGUACCUUGCGCCUACGCAUAUCUAUUAUCCCUAACUCGUGGGCUUGGUGUGGUGACUAGAAGAAAAGCAAAGGAAUUUUUUCCAAAGGAUCUUAAACAUAGCACUCUAAGAAAGCUCAGAUUUAGAAAAUUCAAAAUAUUAGGAAGAACUAGUCUUAGCAGAGAAAGCUCCACUGAUCAGGUCCCUCAGCAUCUUCGUAGAAAUAGCGAGUUAAGUCUCCCCAAGAUCAAGAAGCAUUACAAGAGUCAGGGUUCCUUGAAACCCAAGAUCUUAAGGCGCUCAGAAGAUUUACACAGAAAACAACAGAAAGAGUCAAAGUUAGAGUUCAAGAGAAGAAUUCAUAAUAUUUAUGGCCAUAUAAGGAACGGUGGAAUCGCAGGCAAAUCAUGACUUGUACCAAGAAGGUUGCUUGAAGAAGACCAACAUCCUAAGAGUGGAAAUUUUAGAGAUGAAGAAGGACUCAGAAAUAAAUUUGUAGUGGUAUCUUCGUUAAAAUUGCCAGCAUUUAAAUCGCAAGAAUAUAAUAAACCCCAAACAAAAACAAGUCUUGAAAAUAGCUGUUCAAAGAGUAACUUUAAAUCAAACAAAAACGAUCAAAAUAAGAUUAAAAAUACCUCCAAAUCAAAAUCCAAAAAUCAGAGCAAACGUCAUCCAAGCGUAGUCACAAAUAGACCACCCAAAAGCACUAAUUUGACCUCACAAAUACCUCAGAGAAGAAUUGAUAAUACAACCCCUGGUAAAAACACCAAGACUGUCAGAAAUAUCAAAAAGAUCCCUUCAAAGAUGAACGAUCGCUACUCCAGUAUCCAGGCCAAGAAGAAGCUUACCAAGCCUGGAGACAGACUAAAUUCAACUUCAGCACAAAUUAAGAAUAAAUCUGUACAGAGAGGGUACAAAUAAGGACUUAGGUACCAAAAUGGGCCCUCAGAGCCAGAGAGGGAUCAAUUACGUCCGAUUUAAUAAGCAUUAUGUGAUUCCAUCCCAAAGUUCAUCAAAUCCGGUAGAAUAUAGGACUCCAAAGCAAAAGACCAGCGUUAGAUUGCCAGUUGUUUCUAAGGUAAGGACUAGGAACAAGAUUUCAAUUGAGAAGAUGUUCAGUGAGAUCAUUAAUGACACCUACCUGUUAGGAAAUAGUCCUGCUCAGCGGUAUCCUAGACGAGACAAAACUGAUUCUAAAGGGAUCCUUAAGCCAAAAUUUGGUCUGUUUAAUACCAAAAGCAUUAAUAAACAGUUGAACAGAGAGGCUACCAAGGUUAAGUUUGAUUUAUAAAUUAUCAGUUUUCAAUGUGAUAA